AUGCCGUUUUGGGGUCGCAAGAACAAAUCGUACGACGUUAUCAUCGUCUUGUACGACACCAUCAGGGAGAACGAAUACGGAGUAAGCCACUACGAAACCGAGCUUUACAAAAAUCCGACUGCCUUGUCAUUGUCUCCCAAUUCCAAAUGGCGAGAUGUGGAGACCGAGGUUUGGAAACGUAUCACUGGGGUCUAUCGUUCCAUUGGCUAUGUUGAAAAAGACGACUACAGUGUCAAUAUGUCGAUGAGCUACAACCUCCGUGACAGCCAAAAGAGACGAGCAGUUUCCUACCAUGCAAACGAUCGAGCCUUCUUCGGUCUACUUGGACGAAACAGUCUUACCGACCUGGAACUGCGCAUCAAUGUCACUUAUUCGUCCAAGCCACUCCGCGAACACCUCGAAGAGGUCAAGGCUCGCAAAGAACUCGAGGAGUCUAGCAGAGACUCGCAGGAGUCAGUCGAAGAUCUCGAGGUGGAGAAGUCGGAGACAACCGUGUCUGUCAAUGAGGUCAAAACCCGUUCCUGCACCAACAAGUGA